AUGGUGAAACGACCAGUCACCUACCCUGUCGCCGAUUCAUCUGCGCUCGUUGCCAUUCAGGUUCAACUUCCACAUGGUGACAGUGAGCGAAGCAAUCCAACACAAUUUACGCCUGCUUCCACUAGAAGUCCCUCCGAGGUCAUCGACCCUCACGAGACUCCAAAUUUCGACCCGGAUGUACCAAUCCCUUCGAUCGAGAGAGAGCCUGUUUGCGCCUCGAACCUCCUUCCUCGCAGCAACUUAUCUGUGCGCCCCAGAACUCCUUCCUUUUCUAUCACACCUCCUGCUCCAGAGGGAAUUACUACUCCAGUCCCUUCGGUUUCUGCGAGCCGUGGGACAAGUCCGACACCAUCCUCCACAGUGUCCGGCCUCAAUGAGCUUAUCAGAGACUUAGAGCUUUCUGGAGAGCCGGGGGAUCAUCCGACAUCACAUAGCAGAUCUGAUGCCCUUCGGGAGCGCCAUUACCAACCUUCUCCAACGACCUCCGCUGCUGGUCGAAGUUCUGUGGACGAUGUCACCCACACCCUGAACAAUAUCAGGUUGGGCACAGAGGGUAGUCGGGCCGGCACCCCUACCCUGGAGACUUAUCUUAAUCCGCGGUCCCCAAGCCCCAGUCUACACAUUGACGAUGCUAGUCGCAGUCCAAGAUCUGCUUCUCGCCGUCGGUCGAGCUCUUUUGUUGAUCCCGCCCCUCACAAUGUUGCGGAGGAAGAACCUCCAGCAGAGCCGUUCCACCAGCCAGAGUUCCAACGAGAGCUUGCCAAAGCAGAGAACCUCGUGAAGGAUCUGGUCAACAUCCUUGCCAGCUCAACACUGCACGAUGAAGCUCAGUCUCGCAUCAACGCCCUUCACCUGCAAGCCGUCGAUUUGAGCCGAUUCCAAAAGCCCUCAACUCGUAUUGUGGGCUUGGUAGGAGACGCCGGGGCUGGCAAAAGCAGCGUCCUGAAUUCACUUCUGGACUUUGAAGGGUUUGCUCGAUCGUCAUACCGACACUUUCACCUCCGUACUGGUGAAGACGCCCAGGACGAGCAGUCGAAAGAUCUCAAGGAGAAAGCGGAGGUUGCUGAACAUACAUUUCAAGCAGCCUUUCGAGAUCACCUGGUGGACAAUGUACAACUCCUUAAGGAGGGGACCGAGGAGACUGUGCUCCAGAAAUUACUCACUUGGACCAGGAACUCCGGUUUACCCCUAGGGGAGAGGCCAGGCGCAAGCCCCCAGAGAGAGGUCUUCAAUGAAGCAGGCCAAUGUUCAGACCGCUUGAUUGAACUUACCUCUGAGCCAAAUUCUCCGAACCAACCUUCGACCUGGCCAUUCAUUCGAAAGAUCAAAGUUUACCUCAAUGCAUAUAUUUUAAGCAAGGGUCUGGUUCUCGUUGAUCUUCCGGGCCUUCGGGACCGCAACUCGGCCCGGGUCAAGAUAACGGAGAGAUACCUGCUUCAGUGCAAUGAGAUUUUUGCCGUCUGUCCCAUCGCUCGAGCCAUCGAUGACACUGGUGUGAAGGGGGUUUUCGAGCUUGCAAAAAGGGCUUCCCUGUCGAGGAUUGCGAUCAUUUGUACCAAAUCAGAAGAUGUCCGAGCAGAAGAAGUCAAGAAUGACCACGGCCGAGAUGUCAGCACGACCAUCGCGGCGUUGGAUAGGGACAUCAAAAAAUUGAAGGCACUCUUGGAUGCCAACGAAGACCAAAUUAACCAGAUAAGAGCCUUCGAUAGUGACACCGAAGGUGAAAUCGACGGAGAAGAGAGUCAAAGGCUUGUCAGACUUCACAGGGUCUCGAGAAGGUUACAGAAGCAGAUCGACGAAGCCAAGUUUGAAUUGAAGACUUUCAUUGUCACUACUCGCAACGAGAAAGUCACCACAGAACUACGGAAAAUAUACCAGAGCCAGAUCCCUGGGGAUGACUUACCAGUUUUCUGCGUCAGCAAUUUCCUGUACUGGGCGUGUCGAAUGAAACCAAAAGGGGAAGCCAUGCCCUCCCUGCUCCUCUCUGGGAUCUUGGAAGUCCGAAAGUAUUGCCUCUCCAUUGUCGCCCAGAGCCAGCUUCGGGCAGCCGCUGAGUACAUGACCAAUGCCAUCCCUGCACUACUGGGAUCUGUCGAGCUCUGGGUGCAAUCUGGCGCGGGAAGUCUAGGAGCUGAAAGGAAACAAGCUGUUCGAGACACUAUCCGAGGGAUCGAAAGCAAAUUAGACACGCUAAACCUGUCGGCAUCCCCUGUCAAUGCCAGCGCGUCGUCCAUGGAGAGGCAAUUCAACGCACAUAUAAUCAAAAUUCCGACGACUGGAGUGAAGCCGCAGAAAAUGCGACCAUGGAAUGGCAAGGUCACAAGUUCGACAGAGAUUCGGCGCUGUUGGAAUCAGGAAGCUAUACAAACCAUGGUCACCCAGAUGGCUACCCCUUGGCGAACCUUUAAACAGGCCCUGAAGGACUCGCAGGAGAAUCUGCUGAACAGGACUGAGGAUUGCUUCGAUGAGGCUAUAAUCCUAUGUGGUUCAACGAAUGUCCCGACACGCUCGCUGCAGACCUUGAACGUGACCAUGACGCACAGAAAGGCCCUUCUCCUCUCCGCCAUGGAGGGACUAGUAGAGGACUUCCAGCGCGAUUUAUCUACGCUCCGAACGGCUGCAUUCUCUGGAAUUCGCACCUCGUUCAUUGGUCAGAUCAUGGAACCGUCCUACCAGAGGACCAUGCUUGAAAAAGGUCGUGGAAGCGACAUGAGGCGCAAGACCAUCAUCCGAGACGGAUUCAGUGACGACCAGCUCUUUGCAAAUCACUGCCGGAAAUUCCGCUCCAAAUUCCACGACCUCGCGCACAGUCUGGAGGCCGACAUGCGAGCAGCCGUCGCCACGCACCUCGCCGUAAUCCAGCGCGACUUUGAUACCGUGAAGGACGAGAACGUGGCCCUGGAGAGCGAGCGCCAUCCCGAGUUCCGCCGACGACUCGAGACCGCGGUGCGCAGUAUGAAACAGAGCAUGGAGCAUGUGAACUCGGUGGUUUCGCGUUUUGGCGGGUCUACCGCUUGA